CACCUCCGGUUCCUUCUUUCUGUCGGUAACGGUGAAGGUGCAACAGUCAAUCGGUCGUCCCGAAGCGGGUUCAUCCGACACCCUCACCAAUCAAGCUGAACUGAACUCAACCUCGCUACCAACAUGCCUCCCAAAUUCGACCCCGGCGAGAUUAAAGUUGUGUACAUGAGGUGCACAGGGGGAGAGGUCGGUGCCACAUCAGCAUUGGCCCCCAAAAUAGGGCCCCUGGGUCUGUCUCCCAAGAAAGUUGGUGAUGACAUUGCCAAGGCCACUGGUGACUGGAAGGGCCUGAGGAUCACCGUGAAGCUGACUAUCCAGAACAGACAGGCAGCGAUUGAGGUGGUUCCCUCUGCCUCUGCUCUCAUCAUCAAAGCGCUGAAGGAGCCCCCUCGUGACAGGAAGAAGGUCAAGAACAUUAAGCACAGUGGAAGUGUGACCUUUGAUGACAUUGUGGGCGUUGCUCGUAUCAUGCGGCCACGCUCCAUUGCAAGGGAGAUGUCAGGAACCAUCAAGGAGAUUCUGGGUACAGCUCAGUCUGUUGGCUGCACCAUUGAUGGUCGUCCUCCUCAUGAUGUCAUUGAGGACAUCAAUGCAGGCAAAAUAGAGUGCCCAUCUGACUAAUAAAAUGUUGGAACUGGAA